GUAACUAUUUAAGGGGUUUAGCCGUUUUGGUGGGGUUUUAGGGUUUCAGUCUCCACUUUGAACUUGACUUGUUUUCUAUAUGAUUUUGCUUCUCAGUUAAGGUUUUAGCAUUGGCGGCUAGGGCUUCAAACAUUUAGAGGAGAAGAGUAGAGUUGAAUUUAGUUUAAAGAAUUGAUAUUAGAAAAGGGAAUAUGAGUUUUUCUGAUCAACAUCAACCGCCUGUUCCCUCGCACUUUAUGUCAAUGCCAUUCGUUGGUGGUGAUGCUGGAGACGUGUGGCCUCAUUCUCCGAUGAAUCAUGAGCUGUUUGAGUCGUAUUCUCAGUUUGAGCAUGCUCCUCCUUUCAAGAGAAUGAGGGAGUUCGAUAGCAACUCGCCAAAUUCUGCAACUUUCUCUGCUAUGAAUUCUAGAGUGAAUCCACCAAAUCUUCCGGGAAGCAAAGGGACGAGCCAUAUAUUUUUCAAAACACGUAUGUGUGCCAAGUUCUUGGAAGGAACUUGCAGGAAUGGGGAACAUUGUACAUUUGCUCAUGGUGUUGAAGAUCUGCGGGAGCCUCCUCCGAAUUGGCAGGACUUGGUACGUGAAAAGGAUAGAGGGGCGGAGAACUGGAAUGAUGAUCAGAAAAUAAUACAUAGGAUGAAAAUUUGCAAGAAGUUUUAUAACGGAGAGGAGUGUCCUUAUGGAGAUAAGUGUAAUUUUCUUCAUGAACGUCCUCCAAAAUUUAAGACCGAUAUUCCAAGGCACAGGGAGAGUUCUGCAAUAAGUAUCGGAACUACUGGGAACAGAAGUGAUCCUGAGCUGAUUGAGAUUAGCAAACAUGGAAAUGCUGAUUCAGAUGCCGUCCGUAUUAAGCCUGUAUAUUGGAAGACAAAGAUAUGCAGCAAGUGGGAGACAACAGGUCAAUGCGCUUUCCGUGAUCGUUGCCACUUUGCUCAUGGCCAAUCAGAGUUGCAAGUGCCUACUGGCCGAGUUGAAACGGAUAUGUUGACGUAUUCUGGCCCUAUUACUCCAAGACCCUUCUCCAUUCCGCUUGUGGACUCAUCCUCUGCAAACACACUGGUUAAUACCUCUAUGCAAGAAGAAAAAGAAGAAAAGAAGAUCUUAAAAUGGAAACUAUCCAAGAAGAUCUGUCGGAUAUAUGGAGAUUGGAUCGAUGAUCUAGUCCCACCCCACCUCUUACCUGACAACGCCGACAACUGAUUUUUCAGGUUACAGUUUAUUAUCUCCUUUACGUCCAAUGGACGCAUCUCAGCAAGGAUCAGAAACUACGGGGGGAGAUAGAAUCCGUCUCGUAUCAUCGAACAGUUGCUGUGUUAUAGAGUUCUCAUAAUUAGUUUCAACAGUUAGGCUUUUGAAUUUGGAACUACAAAUUUUUUUGUUCAUAGAAAAAGAAACAAAUAAGGCAAUGCCUAUGGGAUUUCCAUAGAGAUAAAGACAGAAACAUCAUUAUUUUAUUUAUUAUACUUUUAUCUGAGCAUUUGGUUUGUAUCUUGAAGUACUUGAUUUUUUCAAGAAGUGCUUACUUAGAAAA